AUGUCAGUGAGCGGUUUCCCGACUAAGCCAGAUGACAGGGAACCCAAGAGGGCUAGAAUGAGCGCCACGACAUUAAUCGGGUUCACGGAGGAAGACAAACAAGGAACUAUCCAACCCCACGAUGAUGCCUUAGUCGUGACGCUCAGGAUAGGAGGUUAUGACGUCAAAAGGGUGUUAGUUGAUCAAGGCAGCGCGGUGGAGAUAAUGUACCCUGAUUUGUAUAAGGGAUUGAACUUGAAGCAGGAAGACCUGUUGCCAUACGAUUCCCCCCUGGUUAGUUUUGAAGGAAAGGUCGUCAUCCCGAGAGGCAUGAUUAGGUUGCCUGUGCAAACAGACUCAGAGGUGGUAAAAGUGAACUUCAUUGUCGUAAAUGCAUACUCCCCUUACACAGCCAUCGUGGCCCGGCCAUGGCUUCAUACUCUAGGGGCUGUGUCGUCAACCUUGCACCAAAAGGUGAAAUAUCCGUCAAGAGGCAGUGGAGGACCAGCCAUGGAGGUGAACUGUGAGGAGUUGGAGAAAGUACUCGUCGGAUUUGACCCUGAGAAGUUUUUUCAAAUUGGCUCGGAAUCGCCGCCCCAAGAGAAGUCAGCAUUGACUGCCAUCCUCGGACAAAAUUUAGACGUGUUUGCUUGGGACCCCUAUGAGGCCCCCAGGGUCGACCCAGAUUUCAUCUGCCACCGCCUUAAUGUGAACCCGACCGUAACACCUAAGAGGCAAGCUCCUCGACGACCGUCGAAAGAACAUACCGACGCCGUGAUAGAAGAGGUCACAAGAUUGAAGAAAGCAAGGGCUAUCAAAGAGGUCUUCUAUCCCGAGUGGUUAGUCAACACGGUAGUGGGCUACCACCAGAUACCCUUGGCCGCCGAAGACCAGGAGAAGACUGCUUUUAUCACCCUAGUUGGGAAUUAUCAUUAUAAAGUGAUGCCCUUCGGCCUAAAAAAUGCCGAGUCAACCUAUCAAAGGAUGAUGACCAAGAUGUUUGAACAGUAG